AUGGCAAUGCGAGGGUUUCACGUAGUCGUGUUGCCUUCCGAAGACAUUCGGUCAAAGAAACACCUUUUCUUGAUGAAAAAAAUAAAUGUGAGAACGAAGUUGACAAAGAUGUGGGGUGAUGAUGGUGAUGACAACGGAGGCCGUUUUGCGUCUCGUCCUUACUCGGGAGAUGACCUUGGGAGGGGUAGACGUAGAGAAUUUCGAAGGGAUGGGACCAGAGGACAAGGAAGAGGAGCUGCAACGUGUCGAGACAACGUUAUAUGGAGAAGACAGAAGAGGGAAGGAAGUCAUGAUAGAGGAGACCCCAUGAUGGCUAAAAGAUUUAGGGGAGAAAACCUCCAAAGACGAGGAAGUGACACAGAAGUUGAGAGAAAAGGGGGGAAUGAUGGAGAUAGGGGAGCUGAAAGGGAAGUUAGAGACGAGAGAGACGGUACCAGAGGAGGCCCAUUCCGCCAGCGCUACAACAGGCAACACGACGGACAGCGAGGCGCUCGGGCUAGAGGCCGCUGCCAAAGAGGGGACCACGUGGAUCAGAACGCAGCUAGAUCUAGAAGAGAGGACUAUCGGACACAGGAAAACAAUAGAUAUGGACAGACCCAAGGAAGAUACCGUAAGAACCAAGGUAACUUCGGACCACUAAGUUCCAGACUGCUCAUCGAAAUACUUGAGAAAGACCCUUCUGAGGCCGCUACAGAACUUGGGUCCCUGAAAGGAAACCUUCAAGCCGGUCUCAAUGAAGACUCGAUGGAUGAGGUACGACAACAUCUCUUUUGGGAUGCUCUAGCAUUUAUGUGCGGAGCUCUAGGUGCAGAACAAACAGUGAUCAUGCUGCUGACAAUGACCAUGGAUUCCAAACUCUGUCGUCAGCAUUUACUCACGUUUUUGACCAAAGUCAGGCGUCCAGAAGAGAAAAUCGACGAAAGGCGGUUAAACCUUUUGAAGAAUGUCACCAUUGUCUUCCUCUCAGCCAUGCAAAGUUUACCAAGCCGUGCUUCAGAUCUCAAAGUUGCUGUUACUCUCAUGUCCGAUGCUGUAUCAGACAUGGAUAAAGACGACAAACGUGAUGACAUCAUGAAGUCAAUUAAGUCUGUGAGUAAUCACAUUGAGGACAUUGAAAAAGAAAGGGAUACAAAAAGACAGAUGGACCGCAUUUCUAAGAACCCACCCCCUGACGACUUCCGCCAGCAAGACAUUCUUCCCACUGUCAAGGAAUUGCAACCCGGAUAUCAGCCGUUUCUCCGCCCUCAUCUGACUAGGGGUGUAUAUGCCGAUGCAGAUCACUACCUGGAUGUUCAGUUCAGACUCCUGAAGGAAGACUUCAUCUUUCCUCUUCGCAAUGGGAUAUCAGAGUACCUAACUUUCAAGAAGGCGAACCCUGACAGACGGGCCAAACUUCAGGAUGUCCGAAUCUACGAGGAAGCUCACUACAUAAAAUCUGUCCUUGAUUUCUCCGGAAUUUCACAUUACAUGGCUUUCAGGAAGUUACCCCAUGUCCGAUGGCAUUCGACAAAACGACUCAUGUACGGAUCAUUGCUCAUCCUAUCAACGGAUGAUUUCAAGUCUUUCAUAUUUGCUACAGUGGCCAAUCGGGACGUAGAAGAUCUAGAAAAGGGAAUGGUAGCCAUAGCAUUGGUCGACCGAGAAGAUGAAGAUGAAUCAUGUCUACUGAAUAAAAGUUUUGUGAUUGCAGAGUCAUCUGUCUUCUUUGAAGCUUAUCGCCCAGUUCUCCUGGGUCUCCAGCGAAUGUCUGGUCCAUGCUUGCCGUUUUCCCAAUACACUUUGAGCAUGUGUCAUGAUGUAAAGCCACCCAGGUAUCUCCAAGAUCGGACGGUAACUGAAGACGGUGAAAUGUUCAUCAAUUCAUGUAGUAUCGAUAUCUCACCUUUGCUGAAAGACAUAGAAGGAUGCUCUCCAACAAUUGACGUGCUUGACGAUGGUGCUUGGCCCGAUAUCGACGAUGUACAGCUCGACCAAUCACAAUAUGAAGCUGCCAAGACAGCUCUCACCAAAGAACUCUCUGUCAUACAGGGUCCACCAGGUACCGGCAAGACGCACAUAGGUCUGAAGAUCAUAGAGACUCUUCUCCUUAACAGAGAAGUCUGGUCAAGUAAAGAAAACCCAAGCCCUAUCUUACUCGUGUGCUACACAAAUCAUGCGCUAGAUCAGUUUCUGGAGGGGAUCUUAACAUUCCAUCCCACUGGCAUCGUACGAGUUGGAAGCCGUAGCAAGAGUGAGAAGUUGCAGUCCUUCAACCUUAAUCGGAUGGUUGGUCGGUGGGGAAUACACGAUGAAGAGUACGUUCAACGAAGGAUUCGUCAUGUCAAGAAAGAAGUUGGCGCCGCAAAAAGGCGUGUGGAGAGAACGCAAGCCAGGAUAGAGGGUACAAGAAAUGGGAUCAUCAGCGAGUACGAACUAGACCCUUUCAUGUCACGGCAGCAUUACAACAGCCUCCUGCGUUUUUCCCAUUUGAAACAGUUAAACUCCUGGCUCGUAGAGUGGCUUCUCUGUGAAUGUCAAUAUGACAGGGAUUGGAACCAGAAAGCAAAACAGGAUACACUAGAACAGAGAAAUAAUCAGCAAGAAGAAGAGAGUGGAAAAAUCACAAAGCAUUAUCCUGUGGCAAACAGAGCAACAGUCGAGGUAGAAUAUGAACGAAGUGCCAUCGAGUCUGACAGAAUGUUUGAUGACGAAUAUGGUGAGGAAGGUUCUGAUGAAGAGGAAAACGAAGGCUACCCUUUCCUUGGCCUUAACUUAGAUGAUCUGAACAAAGCAGAGGACGGUAACUUGCGGAGGUUCGUCCAAAGGAAGAUGUCUGGCAAAGAUGUCAUCGAUCCACGUGCUCUUCAAUUAAUGGAUGUCUGGAGUAUGCGUCCAAAUGAUCGAUGGGCACUUUACCAUGUUUGGUUGCACAACUAUCUGCAACAGUUGAAAGGGAAACUUCCAGCAAAUGUGCUUAAAUUCAAGCAACUUUGUGGUCAGUUAGAUGAAGCAAAACACGUACAGAAAUACCAAGUCCUUCGACAGGCAACUAUAAUCGGUAUGACUACAACUGGAGCAGCCAAUCACCAGAAGGUUUUGCAUAGAGUCCGCCCAAAGAUCGUAGUAGUAGAGGAAGCAGCUGAGGUCCUGGAGGCACACAUCAUCACGGCAUUAAAUGCAUCAUGUCAACAGCUCAUUCUCAUCGGUGAUCAUCAACAACUUCGACCGAAACCGAACGUGUACUACCUGGCCAAGAAGUAUCAUCUGGACGUUUCAUUGUUUGAAAGACUAAUCAAAAAUGAAUUUCCUUACUCAAAACUUAAGCUGCAAUAUCGGAUGCGUAUCGAGCUGUCGGAUCUGAUGAGAAGGAACUUCUACGACAGCCUUCAUGAUCAUGACACGGUGAAGCGAUACGAAAGUGUGAAAGCAGUUAAAAACGAUAUCUUCUUUCUAGAUCACGCGGAACCAGAAGAUGACAUGGAAGAUACUCAGAGCCACUACAAUCUCCAUGAGGCCAGACUCGUAGUAGCGUUGUGUUACUACUUCCUGCAGCAGGGGUAUGAACCUGAUAAGGUUACAAUCCUCACAGCUUAUACAGGUCAGCUACUGAAAAUCAAGCAGAUGAUGGAUCGUAGCCAGUUUGAGGGAGUCAACGUUAAUUCAAUAGACAACUACCAAGGAGAAGAGAAUGAUAUCAUUAUUCUGUCCUAUGUGAGGAGCAACAGUCAUGGUCAAAUUGGAUUCUUGGGGAUUUCGAACCGAGUCUGUGUCUCCUUGUCAAGAGCGAAGAUAGGGCUCUACUGCGUUGGAAACUUCACCCUCUUUGCAGAAAAGAGUGAGCUAUGGAAGGGCAUAGUAAAAGAUCUAGAAGCAAUGCGAUCUAUCGGAGAUUCCCUUACGCUGCAAUGCACCAAUCAUCCAGAAGAGGGGACAGCGGUGAAAACUGACGAUGACUUCAAGAAGGUACCAUUAGGAGGAUGUAGUAGAGACUGUGAUACCAUGCUUGACUGUGGACACGCUUGUCGAUUAAAGUGUCACCCAACGGAUCUAAAGCAUCUCAUCUACAAGUGCAAGGAUCCUUGCUCCAAGGUUAUCUGUGAGAGAAACCACAAAUGUCCAAUGCUCUGCUCAGAUCCUUGCCCCUUUUGUUCAGUCAUUGUGGAAAAGAUUCUGCCCUGCCGUCAUGUCUGUAAAACGGAGUGUAAGACCGACAUUCAGUCCAUCAUGUGCGAGGAAAAGAUAGAAAAAACUUUAAGUUGCUCACAUUUCCAAUCUGUUCCUUGCCACAUGUCAACGGCGGGACUUGAAAAAAAGUGCGAGGUCAUCAUCAACAAGGAACUGCAGUGCGGCCACAGAAAGACGGAGAAAUGUAACGGAAGUGGACGAUGUGAUGAGAUAGUCUCGAAAGUUCUGGGAUGUAACCAUACCUGCCAAGCAGCGUGCCAUAGAGAUCCAAAGAACAUCAGAUGCAAGGAAAACGUUGAGAAAACCCUGCCAUGUGGACAUACACAUACUCUUCUUUGUUCCACAAGUAUUGUCAAUCUUCUGUGCAACACUAUUACAAUAAAAAAUCGUUCAUGUGGACACGAAGUAAUAGAAAAGUGCUGUCACAAAAGUAAAUGUUCCGAACUUGUAGAGAAAACCUUGCCUUGCGGUCACAGAAUGAAGAUAAUUUGUUCGAUCGAAGUAGAAACAGUAGUAUGCAAAGCAAGGUGCAGUAAGCAGCUUCCAUGUGGCCACAUUUGCAAGGAAUGGUGCGGGGUGGAUUGCACUGAGAACUGCACAGAGAUGAUCUCAAGAAAUGACUGGCCAUGUGGUCAUGAGGUAAUCGUUAAAUGCUGCGAUGAAAGCGACGCAUGCUACAUUGCUUGUGAGAAGAUCUUGAUAUGUGGGCACAAGUGCAAAUGGAUCUGUGGAAAAUGCUCACAAGGUCGUUUCCAUCACCCCUGCAUUGAGACUUGUCAGACAAAACUGGUGUGCGGCCACGAAUGCGCCCUGCCAUGGUGCACCAUGUAUUUCCUGUAAAAAAAAAAAAUCUUUUUCAAGGUAAAAACUUGCCCAGGAUGCAAAAACCAAUCCAGUCGAUUCAUCGCUACAAUAAUCUCUUGACAGAAUCUUAAGCGAAUAAGCCGCGAAUCGUGGAAAAGCUACAAUAUGCUCGCAAUAGAAUUGAGAACGAGCACCUCCUGAUUAGAGUCAACUCAUCCGUCAUGUUGGCAAGGGAAACCAUUCGGCUUUUGCCACUAUAAUCAACAACAGAGAUUUAAUCAACGCUGUUUUACUUUGGGGCAUUGGGAGAACUUAUAAUUCUUUUGGACAAACUUCAUGAACUACUCCAGGCAUCAACAGAGGAACUGCACAGACAAAGCAUGUUUUCACUGAAUGCACUCGUAAAUCAGCGCGCGAAAGACCUCUGGAUUGAGAUGAAUCGAGUGACGCUCAUGUUUGAUUUGGCCGAAGUACUGAGGGGAGGAGCAACAGAAUCAAAAGAAGUAACCAGACUUCUCCAUAUAGGCCGGGAUAGGAAUAUGACAUUAGCAUGUCAUCCUCAAAGGAAUUAGCAGUGCUAAUGGGAUCAGCCAUACUGGCAGUGGCCUACUGACUUUUAAACGCCCUCCGCGUCUUUCCUUCGACGUAACCAUGUGGUUUACUUGUGCCAAAGGACAUCCUGUUUCGAAUCAUCAGCUGAAGAAGGGCCCGUGCGAGGACUGCGACUUAGAGAAGGCUGAGCAGGAGAGAGCCCGCUCAGAGACUUCUGCCUGGUCAGCGAGGUAUAGGUGGUCAGCAACACUAGCGGGGGAGGGGACGAGGACGUGGAAGAAGAGGUCGAGGUAGAAGGGGUGGUCGCAGAGGAGUCCACCAACGAGUCUAUGUCCCGUUUCAUGCCUGAAUAUGCGAUCAGAAUCUUCGUACAUCAAAUAUUGCUAGACAUUUUGCAGGAAUAUGUUUACAUUCAAUAUAAAACACGGUUUAUGAAUUCUACUGACCUUCGUAACUUUGAUGUUACCCAGAUGUGCUGCAUUGAAAGAUUGUAAUUGAUUUAUUUAAGCUGUUAUUGAGUUUAUUGAGAUGUAUAACGCGUUAGGAAUAAAUUGAUAACGAAUUCGUAGUACACUGAUUGGCCAAGGUCUUUUUAAUCUGUUUAUAAUAUUUCGGUUUCAGUAUCCUUCAUUGGAAUUAACUUUCAUUAUUUGUUUUAAAGCCCCACUGUCCUACGUGUAGCUACUUGCUCCCUCUAUUUAGAAAACUUUC